AUGGCAUACAGGGGGAAGACAGACAAAGUCCUGGAAGAAGUGCCCAGCUACUUCUCUAAGCUGGGUUCAGAAAGUCCAAAGCCCAGGCAGAAAUAUGGGGGGAUGUUCUGCAACGUGGAGGGGGCCUUUGAGAACAAGACCAUCAAUUUUGAGUCACUGAGUGUUGGCAAGAGAAAUGGAAGUAAGAAGAUGGAUGGGGGCAGUUCUGGUACUGGUUCUGAUGGGCUCAGUGAGUCCGGCAGUGAGAGCAGCAGCAUGGGCAGUGUGGAUGGACUGGGAUCUGCUGAGAAGAUGGACCUUCAGAGACUUGAACCUGUCACAGUGGCUGAACCAGCUACUUAUAGCCAGAGUGACAGACUUCAUAUCAAAGGAGGGAAAAUUGUGAACGAUGAUCAGUCAUUCCUCGCAGACAUAUACAUCGAAGAUGGCUUAAUAAAACAAAUUGGGGAAAACCUGAUUGUCCCUGGUGGUGUUAAGACCAUUGAUGCCCAUGGCUUGCUGGUCAUACCUGGAGGAAUAGAUGUCCACACAAGACUACAGAUGCCUGUGAUGGGAAUGAUCAGCGCAGAUGACUUCUUCCAGGGAACUAAAGCCGCAUUAGCAGGAGGCACUACGAUGAUCAUUGACCAUGUCUUUCCUGAGGCUGGGAUGAGCCUAACUGCGGCAUAUGACCAGUGGAGAGAGUGGGCUGAUGGGAAAGUCUGCUGUGAUUACUCAUUACAUGUGGACAUCACACACUGGCAUGAAAGCCUAAAAGAGGAAAUGGAGGCUUUAGUAAAGGACAAGGGUGUGAAUUCAUUUCUUGUAUUUAUGGCUUACAAAGACACAUACCAGUGUACGGAUGCUGAGAUGUUUGAAAUCUUCAGCAUCAUUCGGGAGCUAGGUGCAAUAGCACAGGUCCAUGCCGAAAAUGGGGACAUCAUUCAAGAGGAACAGAAGCGUCUGCUAGAACUUGGCAUCACCGGACCUGAAGGCCACGUGCUCAGCCGUCCAGAGGAGGUUGAAGCAGAGGCGGCUUACCGUGCCAUAACUAUCGCCAAACAAGCCAACUGCCCCCUGUACAUCACUAAAGUCAUGGGCAAGGGGGCCGCCGAUGUGAUCGCUCAAGCAAAGAGGAAAGGUACGGUGGUGUACGGUGAGGCACUGGCAGCUGGACUGGGUACCAAUGGCACUCACUACUGGAGUAAGAACUGGGCAAAGGCUGCAGCUUUUGUUACCUCACCACCCGUGAGCACGGACCGGUCUACCCCAGAAUAUCUAUGUUCAUUAUUGUCCUGUUUUGACCUCCAGGUAACGGGCAGUGCGCACUGUGCCUUCACCACAGCACAGAAAGCCGUAGGAAAGGACAAUUUCACCUUAAUACCAGAAGGCACCAAUGGUGUGGAAGAAAGAAUGUCAAUCAUAUGGGAAAAAUGCGUGACCCCUGGGAGGAUGGACGAGAAUGAGUUUGUAGCCGUGACCAGUACAAACGCAGCCAAAAUCUUCAACUUGUAUCCACGGAAGGGAAGAAUCGCCACGGGCUCAGACGCCGACCUAGUUAUCUGGAAUCCGAAAACGUUAAAAAUAAUUUCUGCCAAGACACAUAAUUCGGUUGUGGAGAUGAACAUAUUUGAAGGGAUGGAAUGUCAUGGAGCACCAGAAGUUGUCAUAAGCCAAGGACGGAUUGUUCUGGAAGGUGAAACCCUUCACGUCAUUCAAGGGUCAGGCCGCUUCGUUCCAAGGAAGACAUUCCCUGAUUUUGUAUACAAGAGAAUUAAAGCCAGGAAUAGGUUGGCAGAGGUCCGUGGAGUUCCCAGGGGGAUAUAUGAUGGACCCGUUCAUGAUGUCACAGUGGCCACUAUGUCUGUAGCACCUACGCCAACCUCCCGGACAGCAGCCUGUUCAGGCAAAGUGCAGAUAGUACCAGCCCGAAAUCUGCAUCAGUCUGGAUUCAGUUUGUCAGGAUCCCAAAAGGAUGACCACAUCCCGAGACGCACUACUCAGAAAAUUGUAGCACCCCCUGGUGGUCGUUCUAAUAUUACUUCACUUUCAUAGUACAGAGUGCCUUGAGUACAUGAGGAAUUCACAGAGAGGAAAAGGAGGUCACAUGUGUUUGCAUGAUGAUUUUGUGAACAAUUAACCUUGAAGCAAAGAUCCCCACUGACCCUUAUCCACAUUUGUGUAUGGUGUCUAACAGGGGAGAGGGUUAGUAUUAUAGAAGGAUGUAAGCACUGUUUUGUUUUGGGACUACGUAUGGUAUAGUCAAACGUUGGCUUUAAAGUGCCCCUUUUCCUGCUCACAAUGGAGGCAGCCAAGUUGCUGGCUGAAGAAAACCUUGUGACACUGUACCUCAACCUUUCAUUGGGAACCUUGUGACAUCAG